AUGUUGGCGCUCCCCAGUGCCGACAAGCAAAAAUACUUUUUGAAUCCCGUCGCACCGACUGAUGUACCCGAUUAUCACGAUAUCAUAAAGAAACCGAUGGAUUGGACUACCAUCAGAAAUCGACUUGAUCAAUACCAAUAUGCUUCUAUUCCUGAUUUUAUUGCGGAUCUCCAGCUUCCUAUCAUCAACUCCAAGAUCUAUAAUAAGCCUACCACGACUUAUCACAAAGCCGCUCUUAGAGUUGAACGGGUGCUGCAGCCCAUCAUAGCCGAACUAUCGGCAUCCCAACAUCUG